GAUGCUUCCACGUUUAGAGACUUGAAACAAAGGACAUGGUAGAGCAAUACAUAUGCUCCAAGUCUUUCUUCCUAUUUUUGUUCUACUUGAUAUAGCACUUAAAUCAGUAUCGGUUCAAGCCCAGGAUAAUCAAUCAGGCUUUAUAAGCAUAGACUGUGGGAUUGAGGAAGGCUCACCAUACACCGAUAAGCUUACCACCCUCACAAGUUUUCCACAAAACGCAAGAAACUGCUACACCCUAAAACCAACAAAAGGAAAGGGGAAUAGGUAUUUGAUAAGGGCAAGGUUUAUGUAUGGGAAUUAUGACUUUAAGGGCCAACUUCCAGAAUUCGAUAUCUUUCUUGGACCUGAUUACUGGGAUACAGUAACAUUUAACUCAUCAUCUAAUCCAGUAAACAUGGAGAUCAUAUAUGUAUCAUCAUCAGAUUACAUAUAUGUUUGUCUAGUAAAUACAGGUCGUGGAACAGGAACACCUUUUGUAUCAGUGAUAGAACUACGCGAUAUGUAUAAAGAAACUGAUUUUCGAUCACUAUACCUUUUUGCUUGCUUAAAAUUUGGAAGUGUGUUUGGAACCAUCAGGUAUAAAGAUGACACACAUGAUCGACUAUGGAGUUCAAUUAAUUGGCCAAAUAAUACUUUAUUAUACACUUUGGAUGAAGUUUCUUCGUUUCUUUUCACAACCAUUGAUCCACCAUCAGCGGUUAUGACUACUGCCAUCAUGCCAAGCUACCCAAAGAACUCAAUUAACAUAAACUGGAAUCCUGAUAAUAUCACUGAUCAGUUUUUCAUGUACAUGCAUUUUGCCGAAAUUGAAAUACUGAAAAGAAACCUCUCAUAUGCAAAACCUUUCUCUCCGCUAAAUCAUACAACCGUCACUAUUUAUAGCACAGAACCUGAGACCCCAGCACCCACAUGCCCCAAAGGCAGACAGAUGAUCCAGAUGCUGCUGCAAUGUGGAGAUCACAUUCCUGAACUUGUCUAUGAACAACUGAAUGGAGGAAUAGAUCAAGGCUUUGCGAAACUCACAAUGUUGGAGACCUUGGAUUUGUCCAAUAAUAACUUAACAGGAACUGUGCCUGAUUUUCUCUCUGGACUGAACUUUCUCAACGUCCUCAAUUUAAAAGGAAACAAUUUAGUUGGGCCAAUCCCAGAACAGCUGUUAUCAAAGUCAAACAAGGGAUUAUUGUCAUUGAGUUUUGAUGGAGAGAGUACAGGCGACAAUGUAAGUUCUUGUGACGCAAAUCGUUGUAAAAACUCUAAGGAUAACAAAAUCAUUGUUCCAGUAACAGCAACUGUUGCUUCAAUCUUUGUGAUCUUGACAGCAAUCACGGCCAUAUGGGUGAUUACAAAACGAAGAGAACAUGACAAAAGGAAAAAAGGAAAGGGUCUAGAAAUAAGAAAACAACAGUACACAUACUCAGAGGUGCAGAGCAUCACUGACAACUUCAAUGUUGUUAUUGGUAAAGGGGGAUUUGGAACUGUUUACCAUCGGCAUAUCGAUGAUACAGAAGUUGCUGUGAAGAUGCUUUCAGAAUCAUCGCUCCAAGGGGACAAAGAAUUCCAGGCUGAGAUAACUUCAAAACUAAAACAUUUGAAAACAAGCGCCUAUCUUCACCUGAGUGUUCAUCAUAAAAACUUAAUUUCACUCGUUGGGUACUGCAAUGAAGGAAACCAUAAGGGAAUCAUUUUCGAGUACAUGGCUAAUGGAAAUUUAGAGAGGCAUCUAUUUGUAAGAUAUUACGUACAAACAUCACAUGGACUGGAUUACCUGCAUCAUGGUUGCAAGCGACUGAUAGUCCAUAGAGAUGUCAAGUGUAGCAACAUCUUGCUCAAUGGAAAUUUUCAAGCAAAAAUAGCUGACUUUGGAUUGUCCAAAGUUUUUCCAACGGAAGUUGGUACGCAUAUUUCAACAGCUGUUGCUGGAACUCCUGGAUACCUGGACCCUGAGUAUUACACGUCCAACAGGUUGACGGAGAAAAGUGAUGUUUAUAGCUUUGGAAUGGUGCUUCUAGUGAUAAUCACAGGACAACCAGCAAUAACAAUAUAUGACAACAACAUAAACAUAAGUCGAUGGGUCAAUCUAAAGCUUGCAGGUGGGGACAUGAAAAACAUUGUUGAUCCUAAGCUACUUGGAAAGAGCUCGUCAGGAGACAAAACCAAGGCAAUUAACUAGACUCGGUUCUCUUAAUGUGGAAUGUAUAUAUGACCCGAACCCAAG